AUAAAGGUUGAGUCCGGCCGUAAGCCGGGUGAUACCUAGUAAAAUCAUAAAAUAUCGACCCAGGUGAACAGAGAAAAAGAAAAAAAAAAGCGAAUCAAAGAAACAAAAAACCCCUCUGUUUGAUUUUUUCAUACUUGCUCAUUUCGAAGUACCAACAAGAUUACGCAAAAUUCUCCCCAGGUGUAGGAACAGAAGAUCUGAGAUAACAUGUCUGAACUCCCGCAAGAGAUCGUCAUCGAGAUUUUAACAUGGUUACCUAUCAAAUCCCUCGCAAGGUUCAGGUGUGUCGCCAAAUCUUGGUUGAAUUUGUUUGUAACCCCUUAUUUUGUUAAACACCAUACAGGGCAUGUGUUUUUGAAUAGUCAUAAUCUCCUAAUUGAUGACUUUUAUGGCACCCAAAUCUGGUAUAUGGAGUAUGAUCCGAUUGAAUCAAAAGUAGCGUAUGAUAAACCUGUGUAUAUUGAGUAUCCAGGAUACUGUAUCCUAUUGAAUUUGAAAGGGAGUAUAUCAUGGGAUGUGCUAAUGGAUUAGUUUGCUAUGAAACAUCAUCGAGAGACAUUAUAUUUUGGAACCCAUACACCAGAUGCCACAAGAAAGUACCGGAAUGUAGUUUUAGAAUAAAGGGAGAAACCUUUACAAUCGAAAAUGCUGACAUCCGAUCCGGUUUUGUUAUGAUUUAAAAACUAAGGAUUACAAAGUAGCGAGAAUGUUAAUUCCUGAAUCUUCGAAAUGCAUUGAUGUAGCUGUUUACUCGUUAAAGUCUGAUUCUUGGAGAACAUAUACUAACAUUGCUUUAGCACGUCCGCCUGAUGUAGAACUAGUUUUUCUCGAUGAGAAUCUUCAUUGGUUAGAAUCUGAUAGUACUGGGAAAUUGUUAGUUUCGUUAGACACCGUUUGUGAGAUUAGAAAACAGCUACCCGUACCGCGAGAAUUGAAGAACUUUAAGUCGUUAUCCGUGUCUGUACUUGGAGGUUGUCUGUAUGUAUAUGGAAAUAAUAAAAACGGUGUCCAAGUAUGGAUGUACAUUGCCCACGAUUCUUGGACGAGAGUGAUCACCAUUGACAGGGGGGUGUUUCCACCUGGUCCUCUCUUUUUUAGACUAAAGGAUUUUCUCGGUGACGGAGUUAUACUAUUCGAGACAGUAUUCAAUAUGACGGGUAUAUACCAUCAGUUUGUCUAAGAUCUUUAUCGAAAGGAGAUAAUUGAGUUACAGAUUGAUGAUGAUGAUUGUGAAGAUCUCAAAAUGUGGCCAUUCUCGUGGAGCAUGGAUCAACUACCUGAGACCCAUGGUUGGCAGCGAGAUUCAAGGGAUACGACUGCUGAAGUGUCAACAAGUGUGGGCACAAUGUCUGAAUCCAGGAAGUGUCCCAGCAUGUUAGAAUUCUAUAGCGGUAGCAAUGAUCAUACAAGAAGGUUUUGGUGCAUAAAUAGACCAGGAGAUCUCCCUUGUGAUAACUUCAAUACGGGAUACAACCAAGGAUUUGAUGAGCACAAUCCUGCUCUGGAGGAUCGUGUGCCCAGUAAUUUCCCAGUACCUCAUGGCCAGUCAACUCCAAGACCUCUCACUACUGGUCUGCCUCGAAAUGAAGGAACCGUUCCUGGUUUUGGAGAUGCAAUGCCAUUGUCCAUACCAUUCAUUGACACAUCUGAUCAAGGAGAGGGACAACAGCAAUCUUUUCCAAUUUCUAUGCCUGUCAGGGCUCCUCUUCUUCCACUGGGUCCACAUCCAUCCCUUCUUUCCCCAGGUGGAUCUUAUCAGCAAUCUCAUCAUAUGCCGCAGAUGCAGCCACCACCAUCACAUUUCCUACCACAUUCUCAUUUAUCUUGCCCUUCCCCAAUGGCAGUACCCCAAUUGCCACCGACGCCCGGUCAAAUGGGAAUGCAAAGUUCAACGAGUCGGAGGGUCCCGGCAAUGCCACAAGGACAUAUGAUGAGUAUGAAUCUGAUGCAUUCAGGAUGGGAACCAGCUAAUGCUCUUCAGCAACCUCCACAUGGUGGUUAUGCAAAUGGAAUACCUACUAUUCAGGGCCCUUCAGAUCCUGCAUUGUCCCGGUCCAUACAGCCACAGACAACCUGUUCAAAUGUCAAUGGUUCCAGCACUUAAUCGGUACCAGGUAAUACCUAUUGCCACCAGUGUUGUUUUCACAUUUAUGUUUCUUGUGUUUUCUUCUGUUUAGAUAUAUAUCUAGGAGACUGGGAAAGUUAUAUGUGUCCCUCUUUCAAGAAAACCUUGAUUAAUCUUACAAAGAUCCAUUUAAUACAAAUAUAUGGAUAGCCAAGGUUGAUCAUUUGGUUCGAGUGUGUGUAAGAAUCAUGGUGGCGAGAGAUAAUUUGUUGCGAGAAUUGGUCAUACCAUUUUUUUUUUCUUAACUGGAUUGUUAGUCUCUUAUUAAACUCAAAGAACUCUUCAAAGUUUUCUUUUGCCUGUAUCAACCUCAAGAUUUUGGGAUGAUGAUCUAAUCUGGUCCUGAUACAGAAUUUCCCUGUUAGUGUUUAUUACAUCCGUAAAAGCUGAUUGGCUAAUUUAUUUGUUUCGAAGACUUUCCAGUAUAGCGUUCGGUUUGCCUUUUGGAAAGAAAAAGUGCAA